GGAGGAGCUGGCCAAUCAAAGACGCCCACAGGGAGUGGAGGGCGGCAGUUCCGCUCGUCCGGCGAAUCACGGGGCGAGCGGGGCGUUUGAUUGACAGGCGUUUAACUGUUGACGUGCUGCUGGAAGCUGAAGUUCACUCGCGUCUGAGGAGAAGUGGACGACGUGGGAAAUACAAGUCGCCAUUUUCUGUAGACAUUACGCUGAGCCAUGACGCUGGAGACCUUCUCCUUCCCUCUUCCUGAAACUCGAUUCUUCAGAGCUGAUGGGUUCGUCUACAAGUUUAAGAUCAGAGGAGGCAGCAGCUUCAGUGGAGAGGAGGUGAUGGAAGGAAACUGCUUCAAUCAGGAACUGGAGGACAUCAUCAGAACUGUUCUCGGCAACCUGGACAAUCUCCAGCCUUUCUCCAGUACCCACUUCAAUGUCUUCCCUUGUAUCCCUCAAUGUAACUUCACCGAUAAGAAGCGGUGGGAGGGAUUAUCUAAGGUGAUGUGCAAACACGAUGAGAAGAACCUGAGCGCCUACCCUUUCAUUCUCAUCCUCUACCUGGAGAAAAACACACAGAAUGGAAAACAUGCAGAGAAGAGACUGAGUCCAGGGAAAGAGAGAGAGCAUCACUUCUCUGUUUCUAAGCCCCAGUCCAAGCGCACUAAGACCGACUCACCACUAGAGGAGGCCAUACUACAGGACUUAGUCAAGGAGUUGGAGGCUGAGAGCAAGAUUUCCAUGGUGGGCAGGCUGCACGUGGACAAUCCACAUGAAGAGGGAGAGGUCAAAGAGGAUCCAGGACAUGUUGUCAAGCUGAAAUCAGACAUCAACAUGAUGAGUGAGAGUCCAGGUGAAGUGCAGCCGGGGACGAUACAGGACAAAGAAGUGGAGGAGGACGAUAAGGCAGCUUCAGAGAGGUCAGGGUUUCUGACUCGACUGGCCAGCCGGAUCUUCCCUUUCUCCUUGUUCUUCAGAGACGACUGAGAGGCAGGAAGGUCAAAGUAGUUCAUGUAAUGGAGCCUCAUCAGGUUUUGGUUUAUAGGCACAAACCAAAUAGUUUGGUUUAGUUUUAGUUUGGUUGAACUAUAAUCUAUAGAUUUGUUGGUUUGUCUUCAACCUCAACUCAUUCCUUUUUACAUUUGUAUUUGUCAGUAUAGUUUUUGAAAUGUCCCCUGAGAUUUCUGCUCUUGUUCUCUUAUUGUACUAGUGACAUUUUCCAUUUUAUUGAUUUGUUUUGAAAUUUUGACAUAUUUAACUAUAUAGAGAUGGAGAGUC